GUUGAUGUGCCUCCCUCCACAGAUGACCUCAUGCAGGCUGGAGGAGGAGGAGGAGGAGCCCAGCCUGAGUCCCGUGUAGCCGACCUACCUACCUUGGUGGCGGAGCAAGUGGGGAGCGAGCGAGUUCGUGUGGGAGAUAACGCUGGAAAGAAGAAGACUCGAGGGGGGAAAACUUUUUAAUUUGGCCACUUCCACAUUCAUGACAUUUAUCAGGGACCCGACAGAGAGGAUUCCAAGAAUCUUGCCAUGUUCAAGGCAGUGCUGAAGAAGAACAGAGAUGGAGGCAAGGGGAGCAAGAAGGAUUCAGGUGAUGUCCACAGCCACAGUGCCCAAAGAAGAUUCCCACCUGAGGGAAACCCUCAACCCCCGGGGCCUGGCAGCGGUCACCCUAAUGUGCCCGAUGACGUUUUCAGAUUAAGCCUUGCCAAGGGAGUGUCCAUGUCUCUUCCAUCCUCACCUCUCCUGCCACGACAGUCUUACAUGAUGCCCUUACGACCGAGCAAAAGAUCGCCAGGUCCAAUCAGGAAGCCCAAAUAUGUGGAGAGUCCUCGCGUUCCUUCUGAUGCCAUCGUUUCAGCGCUGAGGAAAGUGACCGAUAACAAGGAGUCCUCACACAAUGAGCUGCAAGCAGAGAAACAGCCAAGCUCCUCCUCUCCUGCCACUCAGGAACUGAUGACAAGGCUGGGCUUUUUACUAGGAGAAGGGAUCCCGGGUACGGCACGCAUACCUAUGGACGACAAGAAUGAAAAGAAGUGCUCUGUGACUAGCCAGGGUAUCAGUCCCUGCUCUACACUCACCAGCAGCACGGCAUCUCCCAGCACUGACAGCCCAUGCUCCACGCUCAACAGCACGACCAGUCGCCCCCCUCUCAGCCGCUCCAGCCCCUGUGGAACCAUCACAAGCCCCAGCUCCACACUCGAGAGCAAGGACAGUGGGAUCAUAGCCACCAUCACCAGUUCUUCAGAGAACGAUGACCGCAGCGGCUCCAGCCUGGAGUGGAGUAAGGAUGGCAGCCUGAGGGGCAGCGGGCGCCAUGGCCUGGCACAGAGUGUGCGGGCAGACACCUGCUCCCCUGUGGCUGAAGAAGACUCCAACAGUGCCAACGCAACACCAGCUGACACCCCGUCCAGGACAGACCAGCAGCAACAACAGCAGCUGCAGCAGCAGUCCAACACAUCAGCAGGGGCACCACAGCCUCCAAGUCACUCACCUGAGGGACCAGUCCCAUACCCACCACAGGCGACUUCUUCCCUCAUGAUGCCGAGGCCGAACUCUGUAGCAGCAACCAGUUCCACAAAGCUUGAAGACCUGAGCUUUCUUGAUGAGCAGCGCAACACCCCCCUUCGGACAUCCAUUCGCCUACCCUGGCAUAAUACAGGAGGAAGGCCCCCUCAGGACUCUAAAGCUCGUUUUGCUCCCUACAAACCUGUGGACAUCAUGCUCAAGCCAUUGUUGUUUGAGGUGCCCAGCAUCACUACAGACUCUGUGUUCGUGGGUCGAGAUUGGCUCUUUCAGCAGCUGGAAGAGGUCUUGAAGACCAGCGAGUCUACUGAGAACCAUGGCGCUGUAGUGGUGGGCAGCGUGGGUUACGGCAAGACUGCCAUUAUCUCACGGCUAGUGGCGCUGAGCUGCCACGGAGGCCGUAUGCGUCAAAUAGCCUCCAACAGUCCGAGUGCCUCCCCUAAAAGUGGAGGACCUGGUGCUGAACUUCCUCUCAGCCAACCACCACAGCCCACCCCACCUUCCAGUGCCACCAACACACUGAGGAGCAACAGCUGUCCGGGAACCCCUGAGAUGCAGCGGCGGAGGGAGGAGGCAGUCAAACGCCUGGCUGCAAAAGUUGUGGCAUAUCACUACUGCCAGGCGGAUAACACGUACACUUGCCUGGUGCCAGAGUUUGUACAUAGUAUCGCUGCCCUGCUGUGCAGAGCACACCAGCUCAGUGCAUACCGGGAGCUGCUGCUGAAGGAGCCUCACCUCCAGAGCAUGCUCAGUUUGCGCUCCUGUGUCCAAGACCCCAUGGCAGCUUUCCGGAGGGGGGUCCUCGAACCACUAGCCAACCUUCGUAAAGAGCGGAAGAUUCCAGAGGAGGACCACAUCAUCCUGAUAGAUGGACUGAACGAAGCCGAGUUCCACAAGCCUGACUACGGAGACACCAUCGCCUCCUUCAUCACUAAGAUUAUUGCCAAAUUUCCCCCUUGGCUUAAACUGGUGGUCACUGUCAGGGUCAAUUUACUGGAGAUCACCAGCCUUCUGCCCUUCUCGAAGAUAUCCCUGGAUGACUUUUCUGACAACAAAGAGAUAAGCAACGACCUCAACGCAUAUAUCCAGUACCGCAUCAACGGCAGCAAAGAAAUUAUGAACAACAUUAGCCUGAACGGCAAGGCUGACCCUAUCACAGUUGGCAAGCUCAGUGGCCACUUGAUUUCACGCAGCCAGGGCUCCUACCUGUAUCUCAAACUCACCCUUGAUCUGUUUGAGAGAGGCCACCUAGUCAUCAAGAGCGCCAGCUACAAAGUGGUGCCCGUCUCUCUGGCUGAGCUCUACCAGCUACAAUGCAACAUGAAGUUCAUGACCAACUCGGCCUUUGAGAGGUCACUGCCCAUCCUCAAUGUGGCGCUUGCCUCACUGCACCCCCUGACUGAUGAGCAGCUGUUCCAGGCCAUCAACGCCGGCUUCAUCCAAGGGGAGCUGCCAUGGGAAGACUUCCAACAACGUAUGGAGUUGCUCUCAUGCUUCCUCAUCAAACGGCGGGACAAGACGCGCAUGUUUUGCCACCCAUCCUUCAGAGAAUGGCUGGUGUGGAGAGCAGAUGGAGAGAGCACAGACUUCCUCUGUGACCCCAGGACUGGCCACGCUCUCAUGGCUUUCAUGCUUUCGCGCCAAGAGGGGAAACUGAAUCGCCAGCAGACCAUGGAACUGGGGCAUCACAUCCUCAAAGCACACAUCUUCAAGGGCCUGAGUAAGAAAACAGGCGUGUCAUCCAGCGUGCUACAGGCUCUGUGGAUCAGCUGCAGUGCCGAUGGCCUUUCUGCAGCCUUGGCAUCCCUGAGGAAUCUUUAUACACCUAACGUCAAGGUGAGCCGUCUGCUGAUGCUGGGUGGUGCUAACGUGAAUUACCGCACGGAGGUCCUGAACAACGCUCCGGUGCUUUGUGUCCAGUGCCACCUUGGGCACCAGGAAAUUGCCUCCCUGCUGCUCGAGUUCGGCGCUAGCGUAGACGUGGUGUCUGAAAAUGGCAUGAACCCAUUGUGCUUCUCAGCUGCUGCAGGACACUUGGGACUUGUCAUGCUGCUCUGCAAGCGGGGAUCCAAGGUCGAUCAUGUAGAUAAGAGUGGACAGUGUGCAUUGGUCCAUGCUGCGCUCCGUGGACACCCAGACAUUAUCCAGUACCUGCUGGAGCUCGAGUGGAGUGCUGAGGGGCAGCAGCAGGACUACGCUCUGAAGAACAAAGCUCUGCAGCAGGCUUUGAUAGCAGCCUCCAGCAUGGGACACACACAGGUUGUGAGGGGCUUGCUGGCGAUGAAUAAUGAGCAUGCUGUGCAAAUUGAUAGCCACGACACUCUGUGGGGAGAGACAGCCUUGACAGCAGCGGCAGGUCGGGGGAAGAUGGAGGUAUGCGACUUCCUGUUGGAGCAAGGGGCGGUGGUGCAGCAGGUCAACCGGCGGGGAGUGUCUCCUUUAUUCUGCGCCGUCAGACAGGGACACUGGCAGAUUGCAGAGCUGCUCUUGCAGCAUGGUGCUGACAUUAACAUCAGCGACAAGCAGGGCAGGACCCUACUCAUGGUGGCUGCCUGCGAGGGCCACCUGAGCACCGUCGAGUUUCUGCUCUCUAAAGGUGCAUCUUUGACUUCGUUGGACAAGGAGGGACUGACACCCCUGAGCUGGGCAUGUUUGAAAGGACAUAAGAACGUAGUACAGUUUUUGGUGGAGAAAGGUGCGGUCAUCGACCACACGGACAAGAACGGACGGACUCCGCUGGACCUCGCCGCCUUCUACGGCGACGCAGAGAUUGUCCAGUAUUUGGUGGAGAGAGGAGCAGUGAUAGAGCAUGUGGACUACAGUGGGAUGAGACCUCUGGACCGGGCCAUAGGCUGCCGGAACACGUCGGUGGUGGUGACUCUGCUGAAGAAAGGGGCCAAGCUUGGGAACGCUGCUUGGGCCAUGGCGACUUCCAAGCCAGAUAUCCUGAUCAUUCUUCUUCAGAAGCUGAUGGAGGAGGGAAACCUACUUUACAAGAAAGGAAAGAUGAAAGAGGCGGCCCAGAGGUACCAGUACGCCCUGAGGAAGUUUCCUAGAGAAGGCUUUGGCGAUGACCUGAAGGCAUUUAAAGACUUGAGGGUCUCUCUGUACCUCAAUCUCUCCCGCUGUCGCAGAAAAACCAACGAUUUCGGGAUGGCUGAGGAGUUUGCAACAAAAGCACUGGAGCUGAAACCCAAAUCCUAUGAGGCGUACUAUGCCCGUGCAAGAGCUAAAAGAAGCAGCAGGCAGUUUACGGCAUCCAUGGCUGACCUGCACGAAGCGGCCAAGCUGUGCCCCAACAACCGGGAAAUCCGUCGUCUGCUGGCCCGAGUUGAGGACGAGUGUAAGCAAAUGCAGCGUACCCAGACUAAAGGAGGCCUUGCUGGAGCUGGAGCUGCAGCUGCCUGCAGCCAGGCAUCAGGAGGCCACGAUUCAGACCAGGAGCAAGAUGAAGGACAGGAAGACACCUUGGCGCACAGUUUUGCCAGGAGCAUGGAUGGCCAAAGAGACAUCCUGGAGGAAGAGGAGGAGGAGGAGGAGGAGGAAGAAGCCUCGCUGCACAACAGGACGACUGAACCCUGCUGGUCACAGAACAGUUAUCCCUACAACAGAGUCUUACCCUCGGAGCCUGUCGGCAACAGUUUGGGACAUCAGAGUCAGAGCCCCAGCUCGCCCCCGGGCCCCAGCAGGCUUCCACCACACCGGUACCCCCGAGAGCACCGGGAGGCGCUCGCCCAGCAGGGUCUGGUGCUGCAGCCCACCAAGCAGGCCCAGAUAGUCAAGACUAACCAGCAUAUGAGCUCCAUGCAGGCGGUGGGGGGCCGCUCCAAAUCUCAGUACGCUCCCUCCAGUCCGUUACCCAGCCGACACAUGUCCAGUAUGCUGAAGCCCGGCCCAGGCAUCGACAUCAGCCCUCUGCCGCCCCCAGCUGACGAGCCCGUGUAUGGGAACCGCAUGUCGCUGGCGGCUGCGUCCAUCUCCAUGGGUCACAGUUGUGAUAACGAGAGCCUCCAGGCUUCCUAUUCAGCCUGCAUCAGCUCCAAGGGUCUGGGGCAAGACAGGCUGUCUGCCCAGUCUGCAUCCUCCCUGGACGGGUUGGCCUGCUCCGGUCCUGGACCCCAGGAGAACCACACUGACCCAGGAAAGGAAGGGCUGUGCGGUGCGAUGGGAUCGCAGGGCGGAGGCAGCAGCAGCAGCAUGCGUGUGUCCAGUUCCACCAGUAGCCUGGCAUCCAGCAGCAGCCUAUCAGACAGCGGCAAGCUGGGACCUGACGUCCGCGUCAAGGUGUCUGACAAAACGAAGCACAGCCAACAGGCCAGCUCCGACUACAAACCCAGACCCUUCAUGGGGAUAACCGACAAGACAGCACGCUUUCAGCAGCAGCAGCAGCAGAUUCAGCAGCAGAUUCAGCAACACCACGGCUUGCAGAGUCACCAGAGCGGCCGCAACUGGCUGAACCACUCGUCUGACGGUCUGGUGUGUCACAACAUGUCGGCGAUGGGCCUUCUACCUGUCGAGUGUGAGCUGCCGUACAGCAAAACAGUGAGCACUUACCAGGAGCAGCACAAACCUCCAACACCUCAGGGUGCUAUGGCCAUGAGUAGCUUACAAAACGGCAUGCACGCCAAGGAAUUCACCGAGAAGUUCUGCCAAGCCGCCAACUGUUACAAAGAGUCCAAGCCAGCGCUGGCUUUGCCGCACACUUUCAUGGACAGUAAGCCCAAGCAGCCUGGCCACGCCCGAGAUAAUCCUGCCAUUCACGUCACUUCAAUGAAACCAAAGCGAUCGUUUAUAGAGUCGAAUGUGUAAAGAUGUUUUAUCUGUCGUACAGUCCACAAUGCACACACUCACACAUGCAAAAAUCUAAAGUGAGACAAAGUUGUUUUGAUUUUUUUUUUUUUUUUAAAAACCCUGAAAGAAUACAAGUUUAAGAAGUACUUUGUUCAAGCGGUUUGUUCUCCUGCACGAGUACAGGCUGCAGGCAGUGUACCGAACGCUCCAGAUCUUUCUCCUCCCAGACCUGUCGCUUGUGGCCGUCAGCCUCUGUUACACGACAACAUGUCCGCCGUCGUUCAGCCAAGCUGGAGACAUUGCACUGAAGGAAGUAUCAGGACAUGUACUGUACAGUCCUCAUCAAAGCAACGGUGACAGUAAGCACUUUAUACUCACUUAGGCCGCUCAAGUGCUUAAACAACAUAUUCAGUUACAGCAUAAUGUUAUUACAGAAGAGUUUGAGUGAGUGAAAUGUGGUUUAAACUGAGUUCAUUACGUCCAUGGUGCUGAGAGAGGAGAAAUAAGGAAGAGAGUCCUCAGUGAAGGCGUGAGAAAGUCUGAAGGACGGGCAUUCCUGUGUUUUACAAAGGAUGUUAUAGAUCCUCAUGUUGUGUAUAUUCUAUAAAUAUGUACUUUUCCUUCUUUUCAGUGAAGGUCUAUGUUAAAUGUAUUGACAAGUUCAGACUUGUGUAUUUUGAGUUUUAUGCACAAUGUUGUUCAAAUGGUGUUAAAGGUUCUAAAAAGAAGCAUUUGUUAAAUGUGUUUGUACAUUAUAUAAAUCACCAUUAACAUUGAAUUGAAAUCCUUUCUGUAUCUGCUUGUUGUUGCUGUCUAGUUUAAUUUAUUUACAGCGCCAAUGGCUUGGUUAAUUGUAAAGCAAUAUAUUUUAUAUAGUUAUUUUUGCACAGCUACUAAGACAUUUUAUGAUUCUCAAUAAUGUUUAGCUUAAGUGCAUGCUACAAUUGCAGUUUAUAUUACAGAGUUAAAAAAAAAUCUAUAAAAACAGAAAUGGUUUUGGGGCACAGUGCCAUCAGCUCUAUUUUAAUAUGUACAUUAAAUGCAAUUGUUGCCAUGUUUUCAGUAUUGUGAGCUUUAUUAGCUGUGAUCACAUACUGUAAUAGAACAUUACUGCCAUAGCCACCAUUGGAGAGAGAAAUAAAGACCCACUGAGGAAAAAACAAA